AUGGCAGUCAAAGAUGAAACAUUGAUUUUCGUACGAAAUAAAGUCGCAGGACUAAAUCCUGAUUGUAAAGUGAUCGUCGCGCCAACUUUAGUCGGUGUCUAUCUCAACAAAAGCAAAGACGUUUUAAUGAGAGCGGCGUUAAGCCACCACUGGAAAUUUCAGCACAGAGGACUACUCGCAUUGGUUUACCAUCCCGUAUUGAACCGUUUGAAAUUGAUGGUAAUUGAUGAAAAGAUCGCUCGCGUUCAUUGGCAAGAGACAUUCGGUGAUUAUACGAACUAUGAAUGCAUUCAUAAUGUAUUCCAUAUUCUAAAUAGCUCGAAAAAUUUCUGUCAAAAGAUCGGAUUGUUUUACGCUGAUGACAAGGUCGCGAAAAUGGUAUGCGGGACGUUGGAGGUAUUCGCCGCGCAAAGGCGCAAGGAACAGGCGAGACGGGAUCGCGCUGGGAAACUCGUGGCAAGAUCGAAGUCGUUCAACAGCUCCGAGCGAGUUCAUGUCGAGGUGAAGCUACAAAGGUCGUAUUCGAAUUCAAUGGGUGAUAUAAAGAUACAUCGGACCGCCCUGAGUUUGUUUGAAGCAGAAGCGAGGAAAUAUGCGAACAAGCAGACGUCUCGUCGGCCUAGUUUGAGAAAGAUGUUCAGCGGUUUACGGUCGUCGUUUAGAGUACGAAUUCGAAGACAGGAUAGCAGCGAGGUCGAAAAUGGGGCGAGUAAGCGAAAACGGUUAUCAGCAAGCAUUGAAGACAAAUUACCUUGCUCGCAGACUAAUCAAGAAAUCGAAUCCCAAGUUGUUACGAACGAACUGUGCGCUGAUAGCACGCACGGAGGAGAACGCCUAGAUCAAAUAGUGCACGAAUUAGACACUUUGAGUGCGAAUUGGAAACUCACGGACCUUGAGUUGCAGGAACUGCAUAGAUUAAGCUUUUUCAAAGAGCGAAAUGUACAGUCGACUGAUUUAUGUGCAACGGAAUUGUAA